UCGUGCCCCUAGAGGGCUCGUGUCCGUCUCUCUCUCUCUCUCUGUCAGUGUGUGUGUGUGUGUCGGUCGGUUCUUUAGUGUGUGUGUGAGCUCGGUGUCCCGCUCAUCAUGUCCUCCGCGGGAGCGUGCGGACCGGCACCGGGACCGAAUCACGGCGGGUCUGUUCCCGCGCCCGGAGGCUCAAACCCGCGAAAGUUCAGCGAGAAGAUCGCGCUGCACACUCAGAGACAGGCGGAGGAGACGGCGGCGUUCCAGGAGGUCAUGAUGGACCUCAGCUCCACCCGGAUCCAGGCGCAGAAGGUCCGCUUGGCCAGAACUCAGGGUCCGUAUUACGGCGGAUCUCUGCCCAACGUCAACCAGAUCGGCAGGACCCCCUCGGAGCUGCAGGGCUCGUUCCCCUCUCCGCUGGACUCCAGUCGCUCCACGCGGCAUCACGGUCUGGUGGAGCGCGUUCACAGAGACAGACACUUCAUCUCUCCCAGCAGACCCUACAGGAGACAUAUGGACAGCUCUCACAGCAGCUCUGUGUAUCUGUCUCCGCCCCCUGACCCCAGCUGGAGAAGGAACUGGAACAGUAACUUUGAGACGGACAAGAGCCAGAUAUUCCAGCAGCUGCCGAGCACAGCCCUCAACAGGACUAACUCAGACUCGGCGCUGCACACCAGUGUGAUGAAUCCUCCGGCUGGAGAUCCGUUCACGGCGCCGGGCAGACGGUCCGUCUUCUCCUAUCCUGCUCCCAUCGAGGAGCACAGGCCUGACGACGGACGCCUCAAACCCUGGGACUCCAGAAAGCUGCCGCAGCUCUCUUCACGACCAAAGUCCUGUGAGGUGCCUGGAAUCACUGUGUUUCCGUCGCCGGACCAGCAGGGCGGCGCUCCUCACGGCCCGACAGUGCUGAAUACAGGCGGCUCUCUGCCGGAUCUGUCCAGCCUGCACUUCCCGUCCCCGCUGCCGACCCCGCUGGACCCGGACGAGCCGGGAUACCUGUCUCUGAGCAGCGGAGGCAGCACGGGGAACCUGUCCUGCACCCUCACGCAGCUCGGCAUCCACAGCCCCAGCACCUUCCACUCCACAGGUCUGCUGCCGUCUCUGCAGGGCACGUCCAGUAACCCCUCCCUCCAAUCGUCGCUUAGCAACCCCAACAUCCAAUCGUCUCUCAGCAGCCACUCGUUCCACAACUCGCUGAGCUCUGCCUCCCUGCACUCGUCCCUGAGCAACCCCUCCCUCCAGUCUUCGUUAAGCUCCUCCCCCUCGCUGAGGUCAUCGUUCAGCAGCCAGUCACUGCAGUCGUCCCUCAGUAACUCCUCCCUCAGCAGUCAGUCGCUGCAGUCGGCCGUCAGUAACACUUACAGCGCUUCGGGCUCCUUCCCUCCGCAGAUGAACACGUCCCCACGCAGACGAGCGCAGCUGACCCCUGUGACCCUGCCUCCAGACACCCGCAGACACCACCCCAAACAGUUCUCACCCACCUCCUCCACCCUCAGCUCCAUCACACAGGGUGUGGCUCUGGACACCAGUCGGCUGCAGAUGGAUCAGAGGUUUUCUCCGUAUUCCUUCGGGCAGCAGCAGGCUCAGAAGGGUCCGGUUCCUGCGCAGACGCAUGCGCUCCGCCCGUCAUCGCAGACGGUGCACCUUCACCUACACAACAUGCAGAAUCUGCACAAGACGCAGAACGUCCAGACGCAGCCUCUGAAGUGGCCGAACCCCGGUCAGAACCAGAACCCAGACGCGUCCCAGCCGGAUGCGCCGGCCCAGACGGAGCCGCAGACGGGACAGAGCUGGUCCGAGCAGCAGAACCAGCCUCACCCUUCCCUACGGCAGAACCGACCGGCUCCCAGCGGAGAUCUGGACCUGUACAACGUGAGUGACAACCAUGGACAGAACCAGAACCUGAGCCAGCAGUUGAGUCUGGACUCUCAGCUGGAGGCUCUGAAUCGUGACGGUGGCUCUUCUGCGGCUGAAGCUCAGAGCGGCUCGUAUCAGGGUCAGCAGACGCUGCUGGAGAUGCUGGAGUCCUCAGAACAACAGACGAGCAACCAGAACCAGAACCAGAACCAGAGCCAGAGCUACACAGACGGGCGGCAACCCCUGCCCAACAUCAUCCUGACCGGAGAUUCUCCAUCAGGACUGUCGAAGGAGAUCGCAAGCGCGCUGUCAGCCGUCCCGGGCUUUGAGAUGGACUCGUUCUCGGCGGACGACCCGCUGGCGCUGGAGGCUCUGGGCAUGCUGUCCGACGGUGAUCUGAUGCUGGCCGACCCCGCCGUCGAAGACUCCUUCCGCUCCGACCACCUCAAGUGACUCGGAGAGAGUCGGCGGACGGAGAUGUGCAUGUGGCACUCUGGGUCGAGCGGCCGGCAGGUCAUGUGACUUGGGUCUUAGCCGCAUGCUAACGAAAUGCACUUGUGCACAUGCGCUUGAACUGUGAGCUUCUGCCCUUUAACUCUGCGCUUCAAAGCUGCACGAUCCACUUCCUGUUACAGAUAUCGCUGAUGACCAAACACAGCGAACACUUCUCAGGUGCUUCAGUCCCAGCAUGCACUGCACCGCACCAGGUUAAUGCAGAACCCACACAGACACUUAAAAGUGUGCGAGUCAUCGUUUCGUUCAGACUUUGUUCCAUCUGCGUGACGUGUCAGCUUCUGUCUCAGCCAAUCAUGUGAGUCGGGGGCGGGGCUAUCAGGCUGACAGACAGGGAAAUAAUCAGGUGACCUGUUUGAAAUCAUCUGAUUUAAUGUGGCUGUGUUCAGAAUAUCAUACUAUCAUACUAUCACGCACACUGUACUCAGUCCAGAAACUCAGCAGUGCACCGAGACUGUGUCCCAAAAUACAGUUGUGCUCAAUUUAAAAUAAAUGUAUAUUUUUAUUUCAGAUAAACUCGCAUGCAACUGAAUCAAAAAUGUGGAAUGAUGCCUUACUGUUUAUGAACUAAUGUUAUAUAUAUAUAUAUAUAUUUAAUGUUACUAUAAAAAGUAAUUCAUUACUAGCUGCUAAUUACAUCUUCAACAAUAUAAUUGCUCUAGAAAUUCUAAAAAAAAAAAAAAAUUGCAUAUAUUAUUCGUGAACUGACCAAAGUAUUAGAAGGGAGAAGGUUUAUAUAGAAACAGUGCGACUCAUUUGAACCCGUCACACAGAGCAUGAUGAAUCAAAUUCUGUUAUAUUAUUAAUACUGAAUGUAUUAAAGGAUCAGUGUAAUAGAAUUACAGUAUUUUUGUGAUGAAGCGAUUGCGUUUGUGCAGUUUAUACUAAAUGUAUUUUCAUACAGAUACCUAGAAACCAUAUAGUAAUAUUUUUCCAUGAUAUUGCGUGCUGGAUGUGAGUUUGUAACCGUGGUGAUCAAGGGUCAUUUUAAUAAAUCUCAAAGAGUCGGAAUAAUUAAAUUCCACUA